AUGAAUGUCGUGGAGGGCAUGAAGUUCGACCGGGGCUACAUCUCCCCAUACUUCAUCACGGACACCAAGGCUCAGAAGGUCGCCUUCGAGGAUCCCUUGGUCCUCAUCUACGACAAGAAGAUCUCCACGGUGCAGAGCAUCCUGCCGGUGCUGGAGCAUGCCAUGAAGGCCCAAAAGCCUUUGCUGAUCAUCGCGGAGGACGUGGAGCAAGAGGCGCUUGCCACGUUGGUGGUGAACAAGCUCCGCGGGGGCCUGCAAAUCUGCGCCGUGAAGGCCCCGGGCUUCGGAGACCAGCGGAAGGCCAUGCUGCAGGACCUCGCGGUGCUCACCGGGGCUGAGCUGCUCAGCGAGGAGACGGGCCGUAAGCUGGACGACGCCUUCGACCCGGAGGUCUUGGGCAGUGCCAAGACCAUCGAAGUGACCAAGGACGACACGGUCAUCCUGGACGGCAGCGGCGGUCAGGCAGAGAUCCAGGCGCGCUGCGAGCAGAUCCAGGCGGCUGUCGAGGGCACCAGCUCGGAGUGGGAGCGCGACAAGCUCAAGGAGCGUCUCGCCAAGCUCUCCGGGGGCGUUGCCGUCAUCAAGGUGGGCGGAGCCUCUGAAGUGGAGGUGUCUGAAGUGAAGGACCGCCUGAACGACGCCUUGAACGCCACCCGGGCGGCAGUGGAGGAGGGGAUCGUGCCCGGCGGCGGCGUAGCCCUCCUCUAUGCCUCCAAACAGCUGGAGGGGCUGGACCUGGGCUCCUUCGACCGCAACGUGGGGGUGGACAUCAUCCGCCAGGCCAUGCAGGUUCCGCUGAUGUCCAUUGCGCAGAAUGCGGGGAAAGAGGGCGCUGUGGUGGUGCAACACCUCCUGAAGCAGAGCGAUGACAAGCUCGGAUACAAUGCGCAGACUGGCGAGUACGUGGACAUGAUCACCAGCGGCAUCAUCGACCCCACAAAGGUGGUGCGCUGCGCCUUGGCGGACGCCGCCUCGGUGGCAUCCUUAAUGACUACCACGGAGUGCUUGGUGACAGAGAUCCCAGAGGAGAACAAAGGCGGAGGCGCCGGAGCUGGCGGCAUGGGCGGCAUGGGCGGCAUGGGCGGCAUGGACGACGACUGGGACUGA